AUGGCCACUCGUACUCUUCUUCGACCGGCUUCCACUCUCCACAGCAUCUGCCGAACACUCGGAUCCACCUCAAGACCGCAAACCACAUUAAUAUCGGCCCAACCCCCGUCAAUUGCACAGCUAUCCCUUCGUCCAUUUUCAACUUCUCUCCCCAAGAACUCUCCCGCCACCCCCGCCACCAUGUCCACCGACGGCCUCCUGCAAGCGGUCCAGACCCGCCGCACUAUCUACCAGCUCGGCAAGAACAGCCCCGUCCCUGACUCCAAGGUCGAGGAGCUCGUCAACCACGCCAUUACCCACGUCCCCAGCUCCUUCAACACCCAGUCCACCCGCCUGGUCGUCCUGCUGCACGAGGAGCACGACCGCCUCUGGGACCUGGCCGCUGAGGCUUUCGCUCCCCUCGUCCAGUCUGGUGCUGUCCCCGAGGAGGUCUUCAAGAACCAGACUCUGCCUAAGCUGCAGGGCUUCAAGGCCGCUGCCGGUACCAUCCUCUUCUACGAGGACCCUGCUCACAUCAAGGAUUUCCAGGAGAAAUUCGCUGCCUUCGCCGACAAGUUCGAGCCCUGGGCUGACCACUCCAACGCUAUGCACCAGUACUUCCUCUGGACUGCUCUUGAGUCCGUUGGUUUCGGCGCCAACCUGCAGCACUACAACCCCCUUCUUGACGCCUCUGUCGCUAAGCAGUGGAACCUGCCUACCGACUGGCGCCUGGUUGCCCAGCUCGUCUUCGGUAGCCCCGAGGGCCAGGCUGGCGAGAAGGUCCAGAAGCCCAUUGAAGACCGCGUCAAGAUCUUCGGCAAGCAGUAA